AUUGGGGUUUGAUUAUAAUUAAAAAGAGAAAGACCCAUUGUGGGUGUUGAGGAUCAGAUAAGGCUUUCUUCCUCCAAUUCCCAUGGCAGCACCUUCACUCUCCGCAGCACUCACUUCUCUCUCCUCUCUGACCCUCUCAACCCCAUCUCGCUUCUCUCUCCUCCCCACACCAUCAAACAAACACUCUCUCUGCCUCGCCAAACCCUCACUCUUAUCAUCCCUCAAAGCCAAACCCCAAGACGACAUCGACACCUCAUUCUUCGACAACGUCAAUCCCCGAGACGACAUUCCCUUCGUACCCCCCGAAAUCCCCGAAGGCUUCGUCCCCCCUCCCUCCUUCGAUGACGGUCCCCCCGAAACCGAAGAUGAAAUUGCCGCCGCAUACGAGGAGCUCUACGGCCCCGCCUACAGCGGAGUCAGCGUUCUCGGCAACGACAUUUACGUGAUGGACUCAAAGACCAAGAGGGACACUGGCUUCGGUUCCGGUGUCAAGAAAGAGAAGCUUCGAGAUGGGUUCGAAGAGAGGGUGGUUCAGGUUCGGAGGGUGACGAAGGUGGUUAAGGGAGGGAAACAGUUACGCUUCAGAGCCGUUGUUGUUGUUGGUGACAAGAAAGGCCAAGUUGGCGUUGGCGUUGGCAAGGCCAAGGAAGUUAUUGCUGCAGUUCAGAAGUCUGCUAUUAAUGCAAGGAGGAACAUCAUCAAGGUCCCUAUGACUAAGUACUCCACUUUUCCACAUAGAUCUGAUGGAGAUUAUGGAGCAGCAAAGGUGAUGCUAAGACCUGCUUCUCCUGGUACUGGAGUUAUUGCAGGUGGGUCUGUGAGAAUUGUUCUUGAAAUGGCAGGAGUUGAGAAUGCUUUGGGAAAACAAAUAGGUAGUAAUAAUGCGCUCAACAAUGCUAGAGCGACCAUUGUUGCUGUGCAGAAAAUGAGGCAGUUCCGUGAGGUUGCUGAGGAACGUGGGAUUCCAAUGGAAGAAUUAUGGAAGUAAUGUAAUCUAUGAAUCUCAUCUGUGAUAUAGAACUGGUCAUAGUUCUUGUUAAGGAAGUGAAAGUGUACCAUUUUUGUUGAAAGUUUUCUGAAAGAAAAUUGCUUCAAAAAGCUACUUGUUCAACUUGAAUCAUAUACAUAUUAUUCACCUCCCUGUUUAAUUUGUAUCUAUGGUUAUACAAUUUAUGCUUGGCUUCAUCAUAGUUGAGGACUGAUCAUUAUUCUUCUCUCAUCUUAAUUAAAUCCAAUCCAAGAUGCUAUUUUCAGUUGCAGAAGGUGUGAAUCUUCCAUCAUCAGGGAGGGAGUCCCAUUACCAUCGAUUAAGGAACCACGCUGGGCUUCAAUGUGUUCUUGAUGGGGACGCUUGUUACCAAUUCUAAUUACUCUGCCAUUGUUUGAGUUCGACACAUAGAUAUGUCGAUCUAACACUGAAUUCCCCAUUUUGGUUUGCUUCCGGACGAGUUUGUCAGGUUGGCCACUAAUAGAAAGUAGAAUUGUAAAAUCUGCUCUUCUAUAAAAUGAACAAAUAUUUCGUUUUCUU